AUGGAGAGCAAAGAGGAAGAUGUACGAGUGGGAGCCAACAAAUUCAACGAGAGGCAGCCGAUUGGCACAGCGGCGCAAAGCCAAGACAAGGACUACAAGGAGCCACCACCGGCGCCGCUUUUCGAGCCCGGUGAGCUGUCCUCAUGGUCGUUUUACAGAGCUGGCAUAGCCGAGUUCAUAGCCACUUUCCUGUUCCUGUAUAUUACAGUUUUGACAGUGAUGGGAGUUAGCAAGUCUGAUUCUAAGUGCUCUACUGUUGGAAUCCAAGGAAUUGCUUGGGCAUUCGGUGGCAUGAUCUUUGCCCUUGUUUACUGCACCGCUGGAAUUUCAGGGGGGCAUAUAAAUCCGGCAGUGACUUUUGGGCUAUUUUUGGCAAGGAAAUUGUCAUUGACUCGGGCAAUAUUCUACAUGGUGAUGCAGUGUCUAGGAGCCAUAUGUGGUGCUGGUGUGGUUAAGGGGUUCGGAAAGACCCUAUACAUGACCAAGGGCGGAGGUGCUAAUGUUGUAGCUCCCGGUUACACCAAAGGUGAUGGCCUAGGUGCUGAAAUUGUAGGUACCUUCGUGCUUGUUUACACCGUUUUCUCCGCCACUGAUGCCAAACGUAGCGCCAGAGACUCUCACGUUCCUAUAUUAGCCCCCUUGCCCAUUGGGUUUGCCGUGUUCUUGGUGCACUUGGCGACCAUCCCUAUUACGGGUACUGGUAUUAACCCCGCCAGGAGUCUUGGUGCAGCAAUCAUCUACAACAAAGACCACGCAUGGGACGAUCAUUGGAUAUUCUGGGUUGGACCAUUCAUUGGGGCAGCACUUGCAGCUCUCUACCAUGUGGUUGUGAUCAGAGCCAUCCCAUUCAAGAAUAAGUGA